CUGAACGUAUCUAUUUCUGUCUUGUUUACGGUACAAAUCCGACUGAGUUUUAAACUGAACGAGAAACCAGCAACUUUGUCCGCGUUUUAAAUCAUUCUUAUCAGUGAUUUAAAUCAUUUAAAAAAAAAAAAUAAAAAAAUGAACGUGGCGUUCGAGGAUGAUUUUAUCGUGUUGGCUGACGAAUUUCGUGAGAUUUUACAAGUGAUAAUAUGGCCAGUGGUGAUUGUGGGCUUAGUAGCCAAUCUCGCAGUUAUAUUACGAAUUUUACUACCAAUAAAAAGUAAUAAAAAUUCAAAUCUCAAGCCAUUUUAUCGGUCAUCCUUAAUUUCGUUGGCUGUCGCCGAUCUACUGAUGAUUUUAGCAUCAGGUACCAAUACCCUAUCCAUCCUAUCCAGCAAAACCUUUAUCUGGAACCUGUCAUCCACUGCCUGUACCCUAAUUCCGUAUCUCCAAACGGUUGCGAUGAUCGUCGCGUCUCUAAACCUCGCGUUCGUCGCAAUAGAUCGUUUUGCGGCGAUCCAGCCUCGUCUGCCUCCAGCAAAACCCUCAAAUUCUUUGGGAAUUCUCAUAAUGAUAAUAAUUAUCACAUGGAGUAUUGCCCUGGGCUCUUCUUACCCAGUUUUAAACAUCUAUACCUCGGAAACAGUUACCAUAAUAACAAAUUCAACUGCCUACACUGCUGCACUGUGCAUUGUCAAUGAUCGCAAUUCAGCCGCGACUAUUUACACAGCUCUAUUUACUGUAAUUUUUCUACCACUCGCUACCGUAUUCAUACUCGUUUACAUUCUGCUGGCUCGCAGUAUCUACAAAAAAAAAUUUCCCGGUAAUCAAUCAACUGGAGGUUCAAUCAGCCAAGAAAUUUCCACAGCAUCGACAAGUAUCACGACGAGUGCACCCAAACCAGUGAAGAAUAAAAAAAUUCCAAUGCAUGUAAUCCGCAAGCGUCGAACCGUACGUGUAAUUUUAAUUUUAAUCGGCGUGUUUGUUUUGUGCCGGAUGCCUCAGUGGUCAUUUCUGGUAACUAAAUUAUACAUCAAAGUGAGCCAUAAAUUCUGGUGGCACUUGCAAGUAAUUUUGACAUUACUGUCACUAAUAAAUGCCGCGGUACAUCCAUUUCUUUAUGCAUUUCUAAACGAAGCACUGUCACUAGUUACUUGGAUAAAUUCCUUGUGUAUUAAGUCUACGAGCAAAGAGUCCUCAAAAAAUAUUCCUGACAGCAUCACUGUAAAAAUACCCCGAAGUCCUUAUGCCGCUUAA